AUGUCCUCCACUCUUAUAUUUGUGGGUCUGCCCGAGGAUUCGAAGAGCUCUAUCACUAGUGGCCAUUCUGGUAACACUCAGAACGUAUCUAGCAGUUUGGGAUGUUGCAGUACCGUUGAGGAAGAAACCGCCAACACGUUUCCUGAAACAGAAUCUAUCAACAAGUUCGUUUUGGAGCGCAGGAAUUUGAUCACUACCAGCGCAGACAUUGUCCGUUCUAAAAUUCUCCUGAUCUACCUGCUAUACCUAGCAUUGGCUCCAGGCAUUCCAUCAAAGAUCAAUCUUACAGGCACUAAACUUAACGCAAUCAAUUAG